UAUUUUUAUUGUGAUUGUAUCAUAAAUACGCUAACUUAUCACAUUAAGUACAAAUACUUUAAAUGUAAAGUAAAAACAAACAAAAGACUUACAGCUGCUGCACAGCAUCAGUUAACUUUAAGCAGCUACCCACAACGGGCGGAUUCCUACUCAUCCUACUCUUAAUCUACCUCAGACCACUGCCAUAACAACGCAUUAAUAACGCACGAAGUCAAUAAAUCAAAAGCACACGCGCGCCGAAAGUCAACAUUAAACAACAACAGUAAAAACAGCAACAACAACUUGGCAGCCACAUUAAUCACGCACAAAUACCGUUAAAAUAAUUGUUUGCACAUCCAAACCCUUGACAAAUUUUUGCUCCUUUGUGUCGUAAAAAUGUAUGGGAUGGUGUUAGAAAGCGUGCAGUAUUAUAUACAGGCGGAAUAUGGCAAUAAUAUUUGGAAAGAGAUUUGCAAAAUUGUGGAUUGUAAGCAUCAAACUUUUAAGACCCAUCAGAUCUAUCCGGAUAAGUUGAUGCCCGAUAUUGCUGCAGCCGCUGCUGCUUGUACUGGAAAAUCAUUUGAUUUUUUUAUGAAUUUCUUUGGACGUUGUUUUGUGCGUUUCUUUAGUAACUUUGGCUACGACAAGAUGAUACGUUCGACUGGUCGCUACUUUUGUGAUUUCUUACAAUCUAUUGAUAAUAUACAUCUUCAAAUGCGGUUCACAUACCCGAAAAUGAAAAGUCCCAGCAUGCAGUUAACGCAUAUGGACAAUGAUGGUGCAGUUAUUUUAUAUAGAAGCGGACGCACUGGCUUCUCCAAAUAUUUAAUUGGGCAAUUUGUUGAAGUGGCUAAGGAGUUUUAUAAUUUGGAUAUCAAAGCUUAUGUAAUUGAAAGCCAGAACGAUAUAUGUGGUGGAACUACUGGUCCUAUACAUUUAUCUGAUCAACCUCUCACUGUUAUAGUUAAAUAUCGUUUAGACUUCGAUAACCAUGAUUAUAUGGCCAAUCGUGUUAAUGUUAUUGUUCAUCCCUCCCAACUUAGAUUACCAGCUAUAAAUAUGGAUGUCUUUCUAGAUUUAUUCCCUUUUACUGUUGUAUUGAAUCAUGACAUGAAAAUUACACACGCUGGCGAAAAAAUUGUAGAAACUUGGAUAUUGCAUAAUCCAAAUAAAAACGCCAAAACAUUUAUUGGGUCACAUAUUCUGGAUCUAUUUUUAUGUCGCCGUCCUAAGGGAACUUCAAUUGACUGGGAUACAAUCAUACAAAUGCGAACAGUAUUAUUUGAGUUUGAGUUAUUACGUUCAGUUCGUAGUCGAUUUGAUGUUGAUAAUGAAAACUAUGAUGAAAUUGUAUUGAAUGAAGCGCAUUUGCCAACGAAUAAAAACCAUGAUUUAGGAGCAAGUUUUUUGGAUGUUGAGCAAAAGAAGGAUGGCGGCAACACACCUAGUGGUGGGCGUAAAAUAUCUCAAGGCCAAAAAUCUAUAUUAUUAAAAGGUCAAAUGUUUUAUUUAAAAGAUGUGGAUUCACUUAUAUUUCUCUGUAGUCCGCUUAUUGAAAAUCUUGAUGAACUUCAUCAAAUUGGAUUAUAUUUAAAUGAUCUCAACCCGCAUGGUCUUAGUAGAGAACUUGUAAUGGCUGGAUGGCAACAUUGCUCAAAACUAGAAAUUAUGUUUGAAAAAGAAGAGCAACGUACGGAUGAGCUCGAAAAGUCACUUGAACUGGCAGAUUCCUGGAAGAGACAAGGUACUCCAAUUUAUUUUGUUUGCAUAUGA